AUGGCGGCGGCGGCUGGUCGAGGGGCUAAGCUAGCGACUUGGGGUGGGCGACUGUGGGGUGCGCUCGCUGUCAGCAGACGAGCCUUGCCAGGCCCUGCGCCCUUGGCGGCGGCCGUGGCUGGAGUGGCUCUGACAGGAGCAGGAGUAGCCUGGUACAAGGGCCGCGUGAAUCUCGCGGCGCCGGAGAGCAGCCUCACCGUCUUAGCACAGAAAAAUGUUGACUCUGAAGAGAUGGCUGGGCAACUGUCUCCUCGGAAACAGCGCUUCAUGCAGUUUUCUUCAUUGGAACAUGAAGGAGAAUAUUAUAUGACACCAAGAGACUUUCUCUUUUCAGUCAUGUUUGAGCAAAUAGAACGUAAAACUUUAGUCAAGAAGCUGACAAAAAAGGAUAUCGAGGAUGCCUUGGCAGGAAUCCAAAAAGCUGUUUGUGGACCAACCUUUUUUAGAGACCUUGGUGAUAAAGGGCUAAUUUCGUAUACUGAGUAUCUUUUCUUGCUUACAAUCCUCACUAAACCUCACACUGGAUUUCAUGUUGCAUUUAAAAUGCUGGAUUCAGAUGGCGAUGAGAUGGUUGAGAAAAAGGAAUUUUUUAAGCUGCAGAAGAUCAUAAGUAAACAAGAUGAUUUGAAGACAACUAUAACUAGUGAAACAGAAUGCCAGGAACCAAAAGUGAAAGAAUCUGAAGUUAACACAACUCUUCAGAUGCGUUUCUUUGGAAAAAGAGGAGACAGAAAACUUCAUUAUAAAGAGUUUCGAAGAUUUAUGGAAAAUCUACAAACAGAGGUCCAAGAAAUGGAGUUCCUUCAGUUCUCUAGAGGGUUAAGCUUCAUGAGAAAAGAAGACUUUGCAGAAUGGCUCCUUUUUUUCACUAACACUGGAAAUAAAGACAUUUAUUGGAAAAAUGUGAGAGAGAAGUUGACAGCGGGAGAGAGCAUUAGUUUGGAUGAGUUCAAAUCAUUUUGCCAUUUUACAACCCACUUGGAAGACUUUGCUAUUGCCAUGCAAAUGUUUAGUUUAGCUCAUCGGCCUGUCAGACUCGCUGAGUUUAAGAGGGCUGUGAAAGUAGCAACAGGACAGGAGCUCUCCAACAAUAUUUUGGACACAGUCUUCAAGAUCUUUGAUGUGGAUGGGGAUGAGUGUCUCAGCCAUGGAGAGUUUCUUGGGGUGUUAAAAAAUAGGAUGCAUCGAGGUUUAUGGGUACCACAACAACCAAAUGCACAAGAAUACUGGAAAUGUGUGAAAAAGGAAAGCAUUAAAGGAGUAAAAGAAGUCUGGAAACAAGCCGGAAAAACUCUUUUUUAA